GGGCCCACGCUCGGACCGCCGCUCGGACCCCAGGACAAGAGAUCCAGAGCCCAAAAUGUUGUCCAGACUCUUCCGGAUGCAUGGCCUCUUUGUGGCAUCCCAUCCUUGGGAGGUCAUCGUGGGGACCGUAACAUUUACCAUCUGUAUGAUGUCCAUGAACAUGUUCACUGGUAACGAUAAGAUAUGUGGCUGGAAUUAUGAAUGUCCAAAGCUUGAAGAGGAGGAUGUUUUGAGUAGCGAUAUCAUAAUCUUGACCAUCACACGUUGCAUAGCAAUCCUUUACAUUUACUUCCAGUUCCAGAAUCUAAGACAGCUUGGAUCAAAAUAUAUCUUGGGUAUUGCUGGCCUAUUCACAAUCUUCUCAAGCUUUGUCUUCAGUACAGUAGUCAUUCACUUUUUAGAUAAAGAACUGACUGGCUUGAAUGAAGCCCUACCUUUUUUUCUGCUCCUGAUUGACUUAUCCAGAGCUAGUGCAUUAGCUAAGUUUGCCCUCAGUUCUAACUCACAGGAUGAAGUAAGAGAAAACAUAGCCCGAGGAAUGGCCAUUCUAGGCCCUACAUUCACCCUUGAUGCUGUUGUUGAAUGCCUGGUUAUUGGGGUUGGAACUAUGUCAGGUGUCCGACAACUGGAAAUAAUGUGCUGCUUUGGUUGCAUGUCUGUUCUCGCCAACUACUUUGUCUUCAUGACUUUCUUUCCCGCUUGUGUAUCCUUGGUUCUAGAGCUCUCUCGGGAGAGUCGCGAGGGCCGUCCCAUCUGGCAGCUGAGUCAUUUUGCCCGUGUUUUAGAGGAAGAAGAAAAUAAGCCAAAUCCUGUUACUCAGCGGGUCAAAAUGAUAAUGUCCUUAGGUCUGGUUCUUGUUCAUGCCCACAGUCGCUGGAUAGCAGACCCUUCUUCUCAAAACAAUACUGUAGAAAAUUCUAAAGUUUCUUUAGGAUUGGAUGAAAGUCUUUCAAAAAGAAUCGAGCCCAGUGUGUCUCUCUGGCAGUUUUAUCUGUCCAAAAUGGUCAGCAUGGAUAUUGAGCAAGUAAUCACCCUGGGUUUAGCCCUGCUCCUGGCCGUCAAGUACAUCUUCUUCGAACAGACGGAGACGGAAUCCACCCUCUCGUUAAAGAACCCCAUGACAUCUCCCGUGGUGACCCACAAGAGGGUUUCAGAAAACUGCUGCAGACGCGAGUCAAGACUGGUCCGAAACCACCAGAAAGAGAAAGUGGAAGAGUCGACUUUCAUAACUAAGGAAGUUGAGGUUAUAAAGCCAUUCCCGGUAGAAACCGAACCCUCAGGCCGGGCCACAUUUGUGGUGGGUAACUCUUCCCUUCUGGAAAUAUCUCCAACCCUCCCAGAGAAAAACAAACCUGAAAUUGAGUUACCCAGUGAACCUCGUCCAAAUGAAGAAUGCCUAGAGAUACUCAGUAACACGGAGAAAGGAGCAAAAUUCCUCAGCGACGCGGAGAUAAUCCGUCUGGUCAACGCCAAGCACAUCCCGGCUUACAAACUGGAAACCCUGAUGGAAACCCACGAGCGGGGCGUGUCCAUUCGCCGACAGAUGCUGUCCACGAAGCUUCCGGAGCCCGCGUCUCUCCAGUACCUGCCGUACAGGGACUAUAACUACUCCUUGGUAAUGGGAGCUUGUUGCGAAAACGUCAUUGGCUAUAUGCCCAUCCCCGUCGGAGUGGCAGGGCCCCUCUCUCUGGAUGGCAAAGAAUUUCAGGUGCCAAUGGCAACGACAGAAGGCUGCCUCGUGGCCAGCACCAACAGAGGAUGCAGAGCGAUUGGUCUGGGCGGGGGAGCGAAGAGCCGGGUGCUGGCGGACGGAAUGACCCGAGGCCCCGUCGUGAGACUGCCCGGCGCCUGUGAGGCCGCGGAGGUCAAGGCGUGGCUGGAGGGCGCCGAAGGAUUCCGAAUCAUGAAGGAGGAAUUCGACAGCACGAGCAGGUUUGCUCGCCUGAAGAAAGUCCACAUUAGCUUGGCUGGUCGCAACCUUUACAUUCGCUUCCAAUCCAGGACAGGAGACGCCAUGGGGAUGAACAUGAUCUCCAAGGGUACAGAGAAAGCGCUUUCAAAACUGCAUGACUUCUUCCCUGAAAUGCAAAUUCUAGCCAUUAGUGGCAACUACUGUACAGACAAAAAGCCUGCUGCCGUAAACUGGAUCGAGGGCCGAGGGAAGUCUGUGGUCUGCGAAGCGGUCAUUCCUGCCAAAGUGGUCAGAGAAGUAUUGAAGACUACUACGGAAGCUCUAGUUGAGGUGAACGUAAGCAAGAAUUUGGUGGGCUCGGCCAUGGCCGGCAGUAUAGGCGGGUACAACGCCCACGCCGCCAACAUCGUGACCGCCAUCUACAUUGCUUGCGGGCAGGACGCGGCCCAGAACGUGGGCAGUUCCAACUGCAUCACCCUCAUGGAGGCGGCCGGGCCCACCAACGAAGACCUGUACAUCAGCUGCACGAUGCCCUCCAUAGAAAUAGGGACGGUCGGGGGAGGGACCAGCUUGCCACCCCAGCAGGCCUGUCUACAGAUGCUUGGUGUUCAGGGAGCCUGCAGAGACAAUCCUGGGGAAAAUGCCCGCCAGCUCGCCAAAAUCGUGUGCGGGACCGUCCUGGCCGGGGAGUUGUCACUCAUGGCAGCCCUGGCCGCCGGCCACCUAGUCAAAAGCCACAUGAUCCACAACAGGUCAAAAAUCAACCUACAAGAUCUCCAAGGACCCUGCACAAAGAAGGCAGCGUGAGUUCCUCGGAUUCUUCUCUCCUGGAGAGUUCCCAAGGGAACGGGUGCUGAUGGACUAAUAGCAAAACGCUUGAAUAAAAACACUUCAAUGCAA